UCCAACAUGGCGCUGCUGAGUCCUCUUUGACCCGGUUCUGCUGCCUCAGGACAAACAGGAUAAAUAAUGGACUUUAUUCUCCCUACCUGCCCUGUCAGUACAGAGUCUACUCCACGUCCAAAGUCAGACGGGGGCUCGGGCGAUACGUCCAGAGGGUGAACUCCAAAUAUGAAAGUUUCCUCAAAACACGAUUUCCUCGCUUCUUCCAGCUCUAUCACACGUUUGUGGAAGGAUUCAAGCUGCUGUUCAGAGACGGUAAAGAGGUGAAGACGAUAAAGCAGAGGAUGUACUCUGACAAGCUGCAGUUCAAGGACCUGCCCUACAGGGACAUGGAGAAGCUCAGACAGUUCGGCAGAGACGUGGUGAAGGCCGUUCCUCUGCUGGUGAUCUCCAUCCCUCCCUUUGCCAACUACCUGGUGUUUGUCCUGAUGUAUUUCUUCCCCCGGCAGCUCCUGAUCCCUCACUUCUGGACCCCCCGGCAGCAGCUGGAGUUUCGGGGUGUGUACCAUUCCGUGCGGGUCCAGCAGCACCAGCCCAUCCUCUCCGAGCUGCAGAGCCUGCAGGUCUCUGAGGGGGGGCUGCAGAAACGCCUGCAGAACCUCAGCGUUAAAGUGCAGAACGGGGUGACUCCUCAGGUGUCGGAAAUCUUGGCCGUGCGAGGUCUGUUCUCCGGACCCCCGCUGGGAAUCAAGAGGAUGAGCACGAAGCAGAUGAGAAUGGUCUCCCCGCUCCUCUUCCUCACCCCUCGCCUCCCCAGCUUCCUGAUGUCUCGCCGGCUGCAGCGUCACGGGUCAGAGCUGCUGCAGCUGGACCGAGCUCUGAGCCGCCUCGGAGUCCAGAACCUGAGCGAGGCCGAGCUCCGACAGGCCUGUUUCCUGCGGGGUCUGUACAGCAGCAGUCUGAGCGUUCAUCAGUGCAGGGAGUGGCUGUCCCGCUGGCUUCACCUGUCCGCCUCCCUCAAAGACUCAGAGGUGUCCCUGCUCUUGCACAGCAUCGUGUUCCUCUCUGCAAACCACCGACACUGACGGGAAGUCUGACCCAAUCUGCUUCCUGUAGACAUGUCCACAUAUCCUUUUCUCGCGCUGAUAAAACAUUUUUAAAAAAACAGCUUUUGCCAAAAUAAUGAGCUUCAAGAGAAGAGACACCAUGUGCAGCCGAGAGAAAUCACGUUGAGUAUGGGGUUGGGUUAGGUGUCCCGUGUGCAAUAACAGGAUUUAUUUUGGAGAAAUAGCCUGACUCAAUGGUGUGUUCAUCAGAGGAGUUGAGUUGGGUGCAUUUUGACUUGAAAAGGGUGAGGUCAAAAUACAAGAAAAGGUGGAUUAUUGAAAUGGAAAUGGAAAGCGUCACCUUACACCAGAACAAAUGAUACAUAAAUAGUGAGUUGUACAAAAUAAUAUACAUCACAUUAUUUCCACGUGGUCUUUUGGAAGGAGCAUUAAUUGCGAUGCUCUGAACUGUUCAGGUAAAUCCUGAUCGCUGUUUCUGCAUCUGUUACCAAUGUUUAAGCUCUGGCUUUCUCUUAUUUAGCUCUGAGCUCACACACAUCUCAACCUGCAGGGACACAAAGAGCAGAUUGUUUUGGAAAAGUUCAUUUGACUAAAUGUCAGAGCGUGUAUCUGGUGCUGUAGCUUCUCAUGCAUUCACCUCUCUGUGCUCCUCUUUGUUUAUAAGGCUGGUCUGAGGGGAAAUGGGAUGCAACAGGAAGUAGUUUAGACCAAUAGAAAACAAGAUAGAUGUUCAUGGAUCCUGAAAUGUUUGCAGAAGUGGUUUUGGGAGGAUUUGCGAGCUCUGUGACGGCACUUUACUUUAUUGUUUACUCUCCUUCUCCUGGAGGCUCAACCCGGCGUUUAAAGGGAUGGAUCUAAAGUUCUCAAAUACAUUUAUACUUCACACCUCUGUGACACUACGCCCCUCUCCUGAUGUGAGGAAUCUCUACUGGAGUGCUGUAUGAACAGGGUUAAUUGGAUUGUUUUGAAGUGUGUUUCUAUGAGGUACUUCUCCUUAAUUGAUGUUAAUUGGACGCAGAUUUAGCCAGCUUUACCUUGCACUCAAAAAGUGUUACUCGAGACCAGUCGAGGCCUUGAGACCAAUUUGAAAUGUCCUGGUCUUGUCUCGGUUCAGGUGGUCUUGACUACAACACUUCCCUCAAACACAACAUGACAAAGAGACACACAAUGACCAUAGAGACAAGUACAGACAGCAUAAUGUCGUACAAGACAUUUGAGACCGUACAAGACGAGCAGGAGGACCAGCGUCCAAUAAACCAGCAGGUAUUUUGUAGUCUCUCUUUAAGGACCCCCUUGAUUUAAAAACCCUCAUUCCUCCAAUCUGGCUGGUUAUUGUGGGGCUCUGGGGACACAGGCUGUACCAAUUUACUCAACAAUAGAGGCAGCAGAAGAUCAGGAACUCCUGUGUUAAGAAAGUAAAACCACUGUUUCAUCAAUGGACCGUCAGAGAUCCGGGUCAAGAUUUAGAAUAAGGUUCAUUGCUGAGUACUUCUCCAGGUAGGAAGUCAUUUGAAAGUGUACCAGUGCACCUCAGGAGGAAAUACAAAUGCAUGCAACAGUCAAGAACAUGCAUCCAGAUAAGAAUUGCAAUACAAAUAUGAGGAGGUUUAGAGAUUAGUGCAGGAUUUUGCAAAAAAGAGACAUGGAUAGAGGAUGAGGGGAAAGCUGUGAAAACACAAUCAAUCAGAGCAGACUGGGCUCUGGUUUCAGACAGGGUGAAAAAUCAAUAGCUGUCUGAACAUUAAACACCUUUAGAGACACUACAUCCUGACGAGAACACGAGCCUCUUUAACUGACUGGAGAAAUACCUCCUAAUAUAAACACCAUAAAUCACACGUCCCUUUAAGAGAUCCUGGUAUCACAGGAUCUCUUUCAGACCCUCCCUCCCUCUGGGUGACAGUAACAGGAAGUGUGAGAUGUUGUCAGCUUCCUGUGCCUUUCACAAGAUGUUGCACAAAUAUCUGAAAUAAUAUAACCUGCAAAAGUGAUUUCUGUUUAAUAUAUCGGGUUUUGAAUGUUGUGUUUGUGCCAAUAUUAUUCACACUGAUGCAUCUGUGUCUGAAAUAAAAACCUGGAAAUGGUG